AUGUGAGAGGUCUAGAUCCUCCUCCUCAUCAAGAAGGAUUGUCGAACAUGAUGGUACUACCUCAAGACAGAAUCAACCUACCUAUACAACAUAUUUCGGAAGAUGAUUCAGAUUUCCAGAGCCCACCUGAAGUGAGACGCAAGCCUGGACCUCAAAGAGUGGAAGUUGAAGAGGUGUUUGUUUGCGAGAUCUGUAAGGCUGAUAUCUCUGAACUGGACCUAGGAGAACGUUCUGUUCAUGUCAAUCGGUGCAUUGACAAGGCAUCUCAUCCAGAUGUGUCAACAUCAGCAACAUCCACUUCGACAUGCACAUUCAUUCUUGAGUGUCCCCUCUGUUUUAGACAGUUUCAGGCACCUGAAGCUCGUUCUAAUCACAUCAAGAAGUGUGGGAAGUCUCGAGGCUUAGGUGUCCAGAGCAUCCUCAAAGCCCUGCAGCUGCAGGAGAAGCAUGCCCUGGAGAGGAUCUCGAUGGGACUGCCCCUCAAGCCGCAAAAGCCUCAAAAACUUCCGAAGAAGCUGAGCAUCAAGAGACUUGUUGAACCCAAAAGUCGGGUACAAUCAGACAUACAGCUAGCCAAAGCCCUCUCUCUAUCUCUGGAAGAAGAAGAGCGGAAAAAGAAAGGGGAUUUUCUUUUAGAUGUACCCUUGGAGGGUAGCAUAUCUGCCCUCGAAUUGCUGCCUCCCUCAGAGUUUCAUAGGCCUGGAAAGAAACUAACGAAGAAAAAAGGAUUGACAGAGACGCCACAGCUGCUUUUACGAACUGAAGAAGAAAGGCAGAAAUUACUUCUGGACAGAGUCACCUCCAUUGUCGCACCCGUGCCUGACCUUAUACCUCCCAAUCUCUUGGCAGAGGUUGAAGGAACUGUUUCCACAAUGGCUACUUCCCAACAUCAACAGGCUGCACGUGUGUGGCUUCUCUCAAGCAAGGCAGAGGAGAAAGACUCCUAUUAUGUAGAAGAUCUGCAAGAAUUUGUAAAGCCCUCGGAAGUGGAGCCUGGUAGCAAAGUGGCAGACCUUUCUCAGGUUCCUGGACAUAGGAUCUACACUCAGCAACCUUGCGAGUACUCCUUUUCAGUGCAUGACCAGGAGGGGGAAGAGGAUGAUGUCUGUAUUGAAGAGCCAUCUGGCAUUGCUGAUGCAUUGAGCUCCCUGGUUCUGAACCCAAGCCUGAGUGAUGUGGAUAUCCUUGCUGCAUCUGGGUCUGUUCUUCCUGCACACAGACUUAUCUUGAUAGUCAGAUGCCCCACUCUUCAAGAGGUAUUAUACAUUCCUGAUGGAGAAGAAAAAUACAUCCUGAGCUUGGAGGAUAUAUCCUCUGAUGUUGCGAUUCAGUUUUUGCGAUAUGUUUACACAGGUUUCGCCAAAUGGAAGAGGAAAGAUCUCUCACAAGUGUUUAAUUUAGCUAGAAGGUAUCAUAUCACAGAACUGGAAAGACUGUUGAAUGUUGAAUCCAAUAAAAAUCAAAAACAAGAUGGUAGUGAAAAAGAUGAUGUGGUUAAUACUACUUCAAGAGUAACUGAAUCAAACUUGCAGCAAAAUAUAAUUGCAAGUGCAGAAUGUCUUAGAAAUAUUUGUAACGAUGAUAAACUCUCCACAACAAGUAUUUGUAAUGAUGAUAUACUCUCCACAACAAGUGAUGAUGACCUGGAAAUAGUCUACAAUUGCAUAAACUCCAGCCUACGUCCAACACCACAGGAAGACUUGAAACGUGAGCUUGGAUGCCACUUAGAUGUCGGCAGUCCUUGUCAGAUAGAAUCUGACAGUGAUAGUGGAAGCCAGUACUAUCUACAUCAUGUUGAACUGGAAAAAGUAGAGUUGGCCAAACAGCUGCCCUCCUCACAAGAUUUAAAAAAUACUCAGCAUGAUUGUCUUGACUUGAGUGAUAUUCAGGAGACAGUAGUUCAUGAUGACGAUAGUAAUUCUGAAAGUGUGGAGGUGAUGAGAUUGGAAAACCAAAGCGUCGCUUCUGAUUCCUCCUGUAGAGAAGUAGAAGUUUUGGAGGUUUCGCAGAAUGGCUGUAAAAGGCAAAGAAGGAGUUCUUCAUCUUCCAUUAAUGAACUUUGCCCCAAAGCUCACAAUGAACUUCAGUAUAGUUUUGCCCCAUCUGAAAAACAAAAAGAACUUUUAAAAUCUGACUCUAGUGUUCAUCUGGAUCAUAGCAAACUUGUAUUUGCACAAUCAAUAGGAGAAAAAGUGGAGCUUGAGGCUGAAAAUGCCUGCCCCAGAAACCUUAACUUGAGCAAUUUUGAAAAUUACUACUCAAGUGAAGAUCUGGAACAUGAAGCCAGAAGCUCUUGUACAUGGGAUUCUAGAGAAAUUAACUUAAAUGUGUUGAGGCCUUAUCCUUUGAGUUCCACUACAAUGAGUAAACGUGACAGUGGCACUUUUCAGGAUUGUAUGGAAGACAAUGAGAAAUCUUUUGAGGAGUGCCAGAAAGAUAAUGAAGAGAAUAGUUUUUCCUCUAUGGAUGAAAGAUGGAAAGAUGAACCUGACAUUGUUUGUGCAAAUGAUAUGGAUCUUGAUUAUCAAUCCAAAACUUCUGGUAUGAAAAAAUAUAGACAGAGGAGUAGUGAUGCUGAAAGUAUGGAAGAUGAUGUUUUUGUAUUACAUAGCAGCUUCGAUUGUGAUAAACAAAUGGAAACACCAUUUGUUUCAAGCGAUAAAUGUUUAAAAUCAAUCAGUAAGAGUUCAGCUGAUAACAGUCAAUCUAAAGCUGAAGCAAACAUGGAUUCAUAUUUUGGUGAUUCAACAACUGUUGACCAAAUAGAUCAGCCCCAAAAUGAAUUGGCCCUGCAAAAUGGAAUUUCAACUUUAGAAGAAGAUUUCUUUGGGCCUAUAACCUUCAAAGCUUCAUCUACGUCUGAUGAGGAUAAUUCCCCUAAGUUAAGACCAGAAACUAAAAAAAGCUGUCUAAGUCAAGUGCAAAAUUCGAUAAGUGAAAAGAACUUUUGCUCCACACCACAAAAAGUAUCUUCACUCACUUCAUUUUCUCCAAAUAAAAUCACAAAAAAAUUUCUUUUAAGCAGUCCAUUGCCUGAAGUAAUUAUUUUCAGCUCAGAUGAUGAACUCUUCUCCGAGCCAUUACCAGGAGAAACUAUAUCUCAGAAUGAGUUGAGCUUAAGCAAUAAUGUUGUAGUUUCUAACCAUACAUCAUUUUCUGAAAAUCCUUUGUCCAAACCCCUUAUCUGUGAGGAUGACUACAAUGAUCAUAAGGAUGAACUAACUGAUGAGCUGAAUGAGAGUGCCACCAGUAGUGAUGAUGGUUCGGCUAUUGGAAUCGCUUGCAAACUAAAAGAAAAUUCUUCUCCUGAAUCUUCCCCCUUCAUCCCUCUGUCAAAGAGACUCUUCGGAACAAAGUGCAAUGAAUCUUUUGAGGACUUCCAGCCAUGUAAAAAACAAGAGAAAACUAAAAAUGAAGUAGUUUCAAGAGCAAUUUCCUGUGUCAAGAGCUGUCCUUCGGUUUCUGAAGUCAAAGCUGCAGGUUUGAAGUCAAGUAAGAAACAAGAGCAAACUAAAAAUGAAAUAGUUUCAAGCGCACCCUCCUGUGUCAAGAGCUGCCCUUCCGUUUCUGAAGUCAAAGACUCCCGUACAGCAAGUGGUGAGCCUAGCUUUAGUCUAUCUGACUCUCCAGUGACUCCUUUGCCCAAUUACAGUGGCAUGAUGACUCCACACAUCAAGAUGGCACUGAAAAAAAUUGGAGUGAAGGCCAUGCCCAAGAGGAAAGCCAUUGCUCUACUCUCCCAAGUUUAUGAUGCAACACAUCCUUGGGUGGAAAAUGGUUCCAUCAUCCAUCCUGUGAACAGCAUUGCAGAUAAGGAUGAAAAGAAAGUGGUCAAUCGUAAGAAACGGAAAAGUUCAUGCAAGAAAAAGGAUGAGACUGCCAAAAGGGUCAGAAGUGAGAGCCAAUCUGGAAAGAUAGAUUCAGUUCCCAAAAGCGAGGAUGACAUGAGUUGUGAUGAGUACAGAGCGGAUGAAAUAGUGGAAUGGAAUCCCUCACAACAAGACGACAAUGAGGAGGAAGGUCCAGGAAAAGGAGAUAUCUCAUUAGUGCGGGAUCAAAUUUUAAAUGAUGAAAAACUAUUUGAAAGUAUUUUACACUACAAGCCCCUGAAUUUGACGGAAUUUCAACAGGAACUCCGAGACAAAGGAAUCAAAGUUUCCAUACAGAAGCUGAUGGACUUUUUGGAUGAGCAGUGUAUCACAUUCACUUGCCCAAGGAAGGAAGAGUACCGCAAGAAGCAAACUACACGUUCACAGAACUUCAGAAAGCGGAUGAUUGCCAAGAUGUCUCAGAAGGCUCCCUCCUGAAGCAAUGGAAACUCGAAUGCUUGAAAUUAUCCAUUUACCCAUCAAGGCCUUAAGCAUUUGAGACAUUUUAUUUAAUUAACUUUACAUAAGUAUUGAAACACUUAUGUGACUAUCAAAAUAUGAAUAGCAAUAAACAUUUUAUCAUUGAAAAUAAAGUAAAUGCUACUGUGCCAUCUGGAUGCUAUGAUAGUGCUACAAAGCAAACUGAGUGACAUAAACAAGGAGCUUUAAGUUAACAAGCAGUACAUAAACAAGGAGUACUUUCAGGGUUUUGAACCCAAGUAUCAAGAAUCUGCACAAAUGCAACCGUCACAUAUGAAUGAUGCGCUUGUUGGCAAAUAUUGGCCUCAAGGCUUUAAAUAAUGCUAAAUGUAGAAAAUUUAAGUGAAACCUUUUUUCUGUAUGAAACCAAGGAGAGAUAUGAAUAAACAGCUAUUUUAUUCUUAAUUUUGAAUGCUUGACCGCAAAAUGUUGAUUGGGCGAAGUUAAAUACAAUCUGGGACCCCUAAUCUAGAAUGCUUGGGACCGCGACCUUUCCGGAUUUCAGAUUCCGACGCAAAAAAUACUGAAAACUCUCCUGUCAUGCGGUAUUUGUCUCAAUUUUCCUGGAUUGGCUAAUGUCUGUGCUGAUUUUUUUAAAUUUUUUGAUCAAUCUGAACAAAAGUAGGCUUCAUUAUGCUAAAACAACAUUUGAAGAUAAUUUGCAGCGGCGUAUUCACAGAUGUUGCUUUUUAUUAUUAUGCAAUGUGCCAAUCAACACUAUAAAAAAAAACAUAUUUUUACUAAAAAUGAUUUUUUACUUUUUUUCAAUAGACUCCUUUGUAUUGCAUACUUAUGAGAAGAAAAAAAGAAUUGUCGUUAACCGAAAGUGGAUGUGAAAAGAUUGAUGCACAAUUACGGCAAAACGCUUACUGUAAUUUUGGGUGGAUAAGCUGUGGCUUUUACAUGUUUUAAAGUUGAAAUUUUACUUCUGCAGCGUAUCUGAAGAAAUCCCCCCCCCCCUUUCUUUCUUAGUAUUUCUUAUGUUAUCGCCCAAUCGAGCCGCAAUGUUAGAAUUCAUUUAAAAAACGCUAGUAGAGCUCUCAAAUUGCACCAUGAAACAGGUUUCUGAUUAAACUUAAUUUCUCAUUUCCUUAAACCUGCGUUAGUUUGUGCUGAUUUACCGCUGUUGUUGUUCUUUCCAGUGUUGCCAGAUUUGUAAUGGUACCAUACGUUUCACAAGGCUGAAAAAUGGAGGAAUCGCUAACUUGUUUGAGUAAUGUUUUAAAAUGUCUCAAAGAUGAUAAAUUUAAAAAAAAAUGAUAAAGGUUAAACACUGUUUGGAUGUGCUACUAACUAGGGAACCACACAACUUCAAUAAUCAUGAAAAAAGUUCAAAGGCUGUAUACAUAGUGGAAUACCAUUUCCAGUUCACUUUUUUUUUUAUGUGCUUAAGAGGAAAUUGAUUUUGUGAAUACAAGUUCAACUAAGUAGGUUUACUUUUUAUCCAUUAGAUAAGCUAAAAUUGAAAACUCAACUCGGGAAGAUAACUAUCAAGUUUGAAUUAGAGGAGACUAAUUUUGUUCAGUGGUUGUUAAAUGUUUUUUCCUCUUUCAUAAGGUUGUAUAUAAUUUAGUGGAGUGAGUCAGGGGCAUCAUAUUUAAAAGGUAUCUAGCUGAAUCUCCCCCUCAUCCUAACUUGCGAUCUGAAGCAAUUCUCUAAAGACUACUGAAUUUUUCUGAAUUUCAUCUCCCCAAAUGAAGAACAAGGAGUUAAUGUUGGUU